ACUUCUGACCUAUAACCCAUGUUGAAGUUACACAAACUACAAUCAAAUCUGAGAUUUGUCAACGACAAUCAGGUGAAAGACAAAUUUAGCAGUCUAGCUCCAUUGAAUCCCAUUCAUUUUGCACUCAUGGUGAUCGCCCCCAGUGGAACUUUGGUGGAACUGCAAACAAAAUUCGCUACAAUGGGACUUAAUACGGAGUGGCCAGGCUCUCCGUAGACGGGCUCUGACGGUAGUCUGCAAAAGAGUGAAUAGUCUACAUGGAAAAGGAAAGAAACGACGUUCUUAAACAAGCUCACAUGGAGUUUAGUAACAAAAACUUUAAACAGGCAGAGGAAUUAUACAGUCACUUUGUCACGUCUUGUGAGAAGAAACAGUCAAGGAAAUGUGACGCCACGGACCUCGCAGUUGCAUUGAAUAACCGCGGCCAGAUAAAGUAUUUGAGAGUUGAUUUCAAGGAGGCAAUGGAGGACUACACUUUGGCGAUAGAGGCAAAUAAAGAAUUCGAAGUGCCAUACUACAACAGAGGAUUAAUACACUACAGACUAGGUUUUUUUGAAGAUGCCGAGAAAGACUUCAAGAAAGUUCUGGAAUUGAAUCCAAAUUUUGAAGAUGCCAAACAGAGCUUACAGCAAACAAUAAUAGAUCACCAAGAAAAGAUGAACAGAGGAUACUAAGCUGGAUAGUUUGAUCUUACCAUUCUUAAAUGCCCCUGUGUGUAAUAUAUUGUAAUCUUUGUACAGCAUGUAUAAAUCACCAGCCUUAUUGCAACUAUUUUGUAUUCUCUAGGACUGAGGUGCAUUUCUCUUGGUUCAAAAUCUCUACUCAAAAAGGUGAUUUAAUUAAAGUGAAGGCUAGCCUACAAAACAA